AUGGCUUCGACGCUGCUUCCGGCUGUCGAGAAGCUUCCAUUUCUCGGGUCAAAACUCAAAACAGAGAGGUUGCUUGCUGCCUCGCUCCUUAUUGAUCUCUCUGAGAAUUCCUCCCCCUUCUCGUUGUUUCCUCUUUUGUCGAUACGGCGGGUGUCGUGGCGGGUGGGUGGGGUUUGGGGAACCCAACCCAGCCAACUCAGAGCUAAUCCUGAAGUGAACUUGAAGAAUGUUUUGAAUGGGUUAUAUUCAAUUCUUGUGAGGCGAAACCAAGCAGAUAGUGCCAGUCAACCUCAGCUAACCUCUGGUUCAGAUGAAUCCUCAAGCUCAGACAUAUCAUUUUUCGGUGUAGGACCAAAUGGGGAUAGUUUUUUGCAUCGAUCAGUUUGUGUGCCAAGUGCACCACCAUUUGAUGUAGAAGCUAUUAACUGUGGUACAUUCAAAGAUAUGCUUGAGGCAGAUCCGCCCGAAUGGAUUCCUGAUAGUUAUUCAAGAGUCUGCAUGCAAUGCAAUUCCCCUUUCACAGUCAUCACCCGAGGAAGACAUCACUGUCGUUUUUGCGGUUGUAUAUUUUGCAGAGAAUGUACAAAAGGAAGGUGCUUGUUACCAGUCAAAUUCCGAGAACGGAAUCCUCAAAGAGUCUGUGAUUCUUGCUAUGACAGGCUUGAUCCUUUGCAGAGCAUACUGAUUGUCUCAAACAGUAAUUCUGUGCAAUCAGCUAAACAUGAUGUUACUGACUGGACAUGCAUGAGAGGAUGGUUAAAUUUUCCUGUCGGCAUGUCUAUGGAGUAUGAAAUAUACAAGGCCACAAAUACCUUGAGGAGUUAUUGUCAGGUUGCUAGGUUAGAUCCUGAGAAAUCAAUUCCCUGGGUUAUCCUUAAAGGAGCAAAAGGACUUGCCAUACUGACAGUAAUUAAAGCUGGUGCACUUCUUACUUACAAGGUGGGUACUGGUCUUGUAGUUUCUCGAAGAGUUGAUGGAUCAUGGUCUGCGCCAUCUGCCAUUCUAUCUAUUGGUCUUGGAUGGGGAGCACAGAUGGGAGGCGAGCUUAUGGAUUUCAUCAUUGUGCUUCAUGGCUCUAGGGCUGUCAAAGCAUUUAGCAGCAACAUGCAUGUCUCAGUGGGUGCAGGCUUGAGUGCUGCUGCAGGACCGGUAGGGAGAGUGUUUGAAGCAGACGUCAGAGCUAGUAGUAAAGGGUCUGGCAUGUGUUAUACAUACAGUUGUAGCAAAGGUGCUUUUGUUGGAGUUUCCCUCGAAAGCAACUUCGUAGCAACCAGGACGGAGACUAACUUGCGCUUCUAUGGCGAUCCUUACCUGACUACAAAUGACAUUCUCUUUGGGACAGUGAAGAGGCCUACAGCUGCUGAGCCCUUGUACUUGGCAUUGAAUGGCUUGUACUCAAAACUAAGCAGUUAGUUCUCCUUCAAUCAUCUCUUGUACAUAUUCUACCCCGCAACUGUCUAUUCUCUUAUGAUCUCAGCUGUCAAUUAACUGGAAGGUGCAAAUAUCUCAUUAUUGUUAACUGAAUA